UCCAUGAUCAACCUCAACCUGAGACAAAUGAGGACAAAGUUAAAGAAUUCUUCAGAAAACUUGCUGGCGAUGACAUGGAAGUUGACUGGAUGGAGCUGAAAGAAAUUCUGGACUACGCAAUGCGCAAAGUAACUGCUAUAUGUUGAGGAUAGAAUUACCGCAGACUACGCCUUCUCGAAGUGAAACGAAUGAAACCUUUGUGGAAAACGGUUCAUUCAUCGACACUCUCAUCUCCCUGCUAUGUGGUAUUGUUUGUAAUAAUGAGCAGUACAAUAAAUCAGUAGAAACGCACAAUAAAGGAUUCAGCAAAGACAUUUGCCGCAGUAUGGUGGCAAUGUUGGACGUUGAUCACUCAGGAAAACUGGGAUUUGAAGAGUUUAAAUCUCUGUGGAAUGACAUUAGAAACUGGAGAGCUGUAUUUCGGCUGUAUGACAGAGAUGGUUCAGGGUAUCUGAGUGCAUUUGAGUUGAGACAGGCCUUAAACAGUGCAGGCUACAGACUCAAUAAUCACAUACUGAAUAUCCUAGUACAUCGUUAUAGUACCAAAGAGGGGAUGAUUUCAUUUGAUGACUACAUUAUGUGUGCAGUUCGAAUGAAAACUAUGAUUGAUAUUUUUCGAGAAAAGGAUCCUCAUCACAGCAAUUCCGCAACUUUUACAUUGGAAGAAUGGGCGGAAAAAACACUUUAUUGCUAAUAAGCUUCAACGAAAAUUCAACAACAUAAAUACACCAGUGAAUUCAUCGAAAAUAGUUUAAGACAAAAUUUAUUAUUACUUUCAGAAAUAAUUCCCGUUCUAUUUUUGAAAGAAAUUAAAAAUUAAUCAUGAAGGACGAUAGAGAAAUGAAACAAGUAUGGGAAAAUAAUUUGAAACUACUGACAAAAUUGUGAACAAAACACCCAAAACUUGAUGACUUACUUCGAAGAGGAAGUUGAAGAAAAAUUAUUUAAAUGUUCAUUACUUGAUGACUUUCUCGCAGAAGAGAAACUCAAGCUAUUAGGGAAAGGAGAAGCUGCAACCCCACUUCCCUAAAUGGGGACCAAUAAAAAUAUGGAGUUUCAUCUUCUUAUCCUCCUUCAUAGAAAUUAAAUUGAAAAGCUCUCUUUAUAAAUAUCUUAGUCGUAUACACAUUAGACAUUACACACCUAUCCAUCGGAUUCAGUGGGAGGUGGUUUUAAUAAUUCAUUGGAAAAUAAUCUACUGAAACAACUAAAAUUAGUAUGCAUUAUUAAUUUUUUAGAUUCCUCGCAUGAAUCAAAUUUUUAUCUAUUUUUAAGUCUAAAAAUAUGGUUUUGGAAAGUAUAAGCGUGGAACAAGAAUGUAAAAUUUUCUUUUCUAUAGAUUUUUUAAAGUGAAUUUCCUUCUAAACGUUAAUGAUGUAAAAAAAGUAAAGUCAUGGAUGUUAUGUUGUUCUAGCUGCCAAGUUUCUCUUUUAAUAAAUAAGUGUUCUUCGCAUGAUUGUAAUCCGUCUUCCUGAUUAUUCUAUGGAGAUAAAAAUGUACUUGUAUUAUAUGUAUCUCUGCGUUUUGAAUCUCAAAAAAGUUUAAAGUUUGUUGUGUACGCUAGCUUAUGCAUAAAUUAAAAUCGAAUUCUAUUAAUUCAAUGUUGCAGUCAAACAAAGUAAAUUAUAAAAAAUGUUACAAGUUUCUCGCAAAAUAUUCCAUGUGUAAAGAUUCUGCACAUAAUUUAUUAUAUUUACAUAACAUUAAAACAAUAAUUAUUAUUCUUUUACUGCAAGUAUACCAUGACGAGAUGCGGUGCUUCAAUUAUGUUUUUAUUAUUUAAAUUUAAUACUCAUCAGCAAACGUAUUUCAACUUAAAAUAACGUUGAAGAGUUUAUUGCGUGUUAGUGCCUUAAAAAAUAUUGUAACUACCGGAAAUAUAUUUGAAAGAAAGUAAAUUCAGUGGAUUUAACAAA